AUGAAGCCCAUCACAUCAGAGCAUGAGCCCCAAACGACGCAGUGGGAUGAAGGUCAGAUUUACGUUAAAACCUGCCAUAACGCCACUCGGAAGGCCCUCGCUCUCCUUCUCUCUCGCAGCAACGAGAAAAAUCUGCAUAUCACUACCACUGAACUAGAAUUAUCUUCUGGUGAUCCCCUAGACUAUGGCCCUCGCUUUGUGAAGCCAUUCGCCCAUGAUAAAAUGAGAGAAUAUGUGAUCCGUGAACAACCUUGGGAUGAAUUCGAUAUCCACGGCCUGAAUAUCAAGGAUAUCCCGAAAUUAUAUCAAUACCGGCGCAACGAUCUCGGCUCUGUAUAUGCACCCCAAUGGCAAUGGAAGCUCGCAGGCUGGACAAACGCGAAGAAAGCGUCUCAGCCCCAUAUCAACGCCUUCAUAGUUGAUUCACAGCCUCACCUUAUUGAUCGCCUUAACUCGGGUGAGGUAUCUAUUUCCUAUGGCUUGAUCGCUAAGCGCCGACUCGAAGAUGGAUAUAACGACCACCGAUACAUCCCUAUCACAGUCUUUUCAGUAUCGGAUUUUCAAGUCCGUAUCCUUCAGAUCUGGCACGACAAGCAGAAUCCCAAGGCUCUUCAAGUCCGUUCGUCGCGAAUCAUGGACUUUAAGGAUGGCAUCCAAAAUAACUUAGACGGCUGGGUCACCAUCCUGUGCUGGAUUGCCGGAGAGUCCGUCGGAGAUACAAGAAACGGAACUGAAGUUGUUCAGUCAUUCGGAAAUGAUGCGUAG